ACACUGCGUCAAACUUGUCAUUAGUCGUCAGGCAUUCUGUCAGUCAUGUGUUAAUGUGUAUUGUUGCUGGUUUGGAUAAAUAUUUGUAAUAUAAUUCUCUUGGCUGGAAAGAGAAGAAACCUACUAGACAAAAUACUAGAAAAAAAUUGAUAAGAUUAAGCUUAAUAUUACUUCAAUAUUAGUGUUACAUAGUACCGAUUGUUGUUGUGGAACUUGUAAACAAUGGAUAGAAAUCUAGAAUUGAGGAAACUUCCAAUAGGAUCACUGUACAACAUUGAGAACACUUUGGAAAUCGACAAUGGUUGGCAAAAAGUUAUGGCUUUCAUUCCGAAGGAUCCACUAAGUGAUCACUUUGAACAAAAGUAUACUAUUGAACACAUGAGAUUAAUUCAAGAACAUGCUAAAGAAACUCACCGAAAGUGUGCAGAGGUUUUAUUUGAUGAAUGGGGUACAUCUGGAAGAAUCAGGCCAACAAUAGAAACUUUGAAACAAGUGCUUAUAAAAGCUGAAAUUUUCAGAGCUGCUGAUGAGGUUGCCACUAUGUUACAAGAGCCUUUACCUCCAAGACCCUCUGGUGGUCCUGCUGCUGCAAUCGACAUAAACAUCACUUCUCUUUUAAGUGGAGAUAGCUCAGAACAAACUACUGGAGACGGAGAUCUCGACUCAAAUGAAACAAACAAAGACUUCAAUCAUUCGAAAAAGAAAAACCUAUUUGAUAAAACUACAAAACAAGUUAAAUCAAGUACUAACCUAAUGAAAUUUUCUACCAUUUGCCAGUCUCUUAAAAAUAAAUCCUUCGGACGUCAAACAACUGCUCAAAUGGUAACUCAAGAGAAAGAUCUUAUUAAAUUUUCAUCUGGAAUACCAACCGAGGAACUACCUGCUCUGAGUGCAUUAAUGAGCAAACAGAAUGAUAAAAGUUCCAAUGAAACAUACGCAGAAAAAGCUACAGAGUCCACAGAAGUAUCUGGUACAUCUCAAGCAAAAUCACAAUCUCACCAAAGCUGGUUCCCCACAAAUGGUCCUCAUAUGGCACCACCCCCUAUUGACAUAUAUAGUGUUGUUGACAGUAAGAUCCUCGAGGACACUAACUUGAUACGAUUCGAAUAUAGUCAAUUAGAAGUUAUUACUAACUAUUUCCCAGAGUCAAAAAGUGAAGGACCUUCUGGUCCAUGUGGAAAAAUAGGAAAGGGUGGUUUUGGCGAAGUGUUUGUUGGAUCGCACCCAACGCAUGGUUUACUUGCAGUGAAAAUGCGCUGUUAUCUUCAAUUUGAUUGUGAACCCAAAGUAGCUAUAAAAGUAUUUAAUGCUGAAGUGAAAUCAUUGUCACAAUUACGUCAUGAUAAUAUAGUGCCUAUUUUGGGUUAUUCUGUUGAUGGGCCAACUCCAUGCAUAGUUUGUAAAUAUAUUGAAGGAGGUUCACUAGAACAGAAGUUAGCUCAGAAGGUACUUACUGAAACUGAAAGAAUGGGCAUUAUGAUUGGCACUGCUGAGGGCCUGAAAUACAUCCAUAACACCAUUAAACCAGUAAUAAUGGACAGUGCAGAAAGCCAACCAACAAACUUAAUGAAGACUUACUUUAUUCAUGGAGAUGUUAAAAGUGCAAAUAUUUUGUUGACUACAGAUUGUGUCCCUAAGUUGUGUGAUUUUGGAUUGGCGAAGCAACUAGAAUCGACGUACAUUGUCAGUUCUAUGAUGGGCACGUCCGCCUACAUGCCGCCCGAAGGAUUCACUGGUACCAUUACACGUAAAACGGAUAUAUUCAGCUUUGGCAUAGUUAUCCUAGAAUUACUUACCGGAUUAAGACCUAUUGUGACGAGUAGUAAUGGCAAUAUAAAUAUUAAAAACUAUGUUGAAGAGAGUUGCAAGGAUAAUGAAAUUGAUAAUCUGUUAGACCCAGUCGUGGAUAACUGGACCAAAGCACAAAAAGUGUUUACUCUAGCAAAGCGCUGUUUGGAAAUGGAUCGAAAUCUUCGUCCAUCCAUGGACGAAGUUUGCGCUAUGUUAAACAGAAUCAACUAUCACGAAUCAUAUGAACUUUUUUAUGCUCGCGUUUAAACACUUGUUAUAAAAUCUAUAUUUUCACUAAUAAAUAUUGUACAUACAUAUGUAUUAGUUAUCUAAUACUUUGAAUAUCAUGUAAUAUUUAACGUAACAUCACAAGACAAAAAGAUCACAAAAUACAUAGUACAUACAAUGUUUAUAAGUUAGGCCCAAUAGGUUGUCUCUUUAUCAAUAAUCAUAAUGAUAGCUAUAAGUAUGAUGAUAAUUUUAUGUCAAUUAUAAUUAUUAGUUAAACGGACAAUAAUCAAUACAAUUAGGUGCUUACAUAAUUGUUAAUGUAUUAAAAAAUUUAUACAUAAUUUGUUACCACCAUUUACAAACUAUUAUUAUAAUUAACUGAAAUAAGUUUUACAAUAAAUUUAAAUUUUAUUU